GUCCAAGGAGGAAGAACAAGAAGCAAUAAGAAUGGCCAAAGCAACUUUUCACCCGCACGGCUAUCAGAUGGAGUCGUUCAGACUGUUGAGCGGCCACACCAUUCCCGCUGUUGGGUUGGGCACUUGGCAAUCUGGGUCUCGAGCAUCCGACUCUGUCUACACUGCAAUCGUUGAGGCUGGUUACAAGCACAUAGAUACGGCGUGGGACUAUGGAGUUCAAGAAGAAGUCUCUUUCCUUAUUCUAAAAUUUAUAUCCGCCACUUUGUAUAUGUAUUAAGACGAAAAUGCAUUACGUGUUUAUCUGAUGUUGAAUUUCAGGUGGGGUUCAUGGGCUCAAGGUGGCAAUGCAUGCAGGAAUUGAGAGAAAGGAUCUUUUUGUAACAUCUAAGCUGUGGUGCGCGGAUUUGUUCCCUGGGCGGGUUAGAACAGCCUUGAACAAUACCCUUCAAGAACUUCAACUUGACUAUCUUGAUCUUUAUCUGAUUCACUGGCCCUUUGGACUCAAAGAAGGAGCCAGCAGGCCUCCCAAAGCUGGAGAUGUACUUGAGUUCAACUUGGAAGGGAUUUGGAGAGAGAUGGAGAAUCUUGUGAAGGAAAAUCUUGUUAGAGAUAUUGGUAUCUGCAAUUUUUCUCUAAAAAAGCUCAAUAAGCUAUUGAACAUUGCUCGAAAUUUCGAAUAAUGCCCUCUGUUUGCCAGGAUGGAGAAAUGAUAAGAUGCUGGAAGAAUGCAAGAAGCACGGAAUCCAUGUUACUGUAAGAUGAACUAAAGUACUAUUUUAAGAUAAUCUGUUUGCAGGGCAUAUGUUGAAAACUUUGGAUUGAAUUUCUCUUCUCCUGGCAUAUUCACCACUAGGGUCACAGGAGGGAGGAAGAGAUCUCAUCCAUGAUCAGACUGUCGAACUGAUAGCAAAGAAGUUGAACAAGAGCCCAGGACAGAUUCUGGUAAAAUGGGCUCUCCAGAGAGGGACCAGUGUGAUACCCAAAUCAAGAAAUCCUGAUAGGAUCAAAGAGAACUUGAUGGUCUUUGGUUGGGAAAUCCCAGAGGAAGACUUCCAAGCCCUAUGCAAGAUUCCUGAUCAGAAACGUGUGCUUGAUGGAGGAACUAUUUGUGAACAAGGACAUGGGACCAUUCAGAGGUGUUGCUGAUCUAUGGGACCAUGAAGAUUAACCUAUCCACUAGUAGCUUUCUUUUAUAAAAUAAAUGACUACUUUGUAAGGGCUAGUAUGCUCCAUCAGUGCUAAAAAUGUUGCCUUCAGUGUACAAUUGGUAUAAUGGAAAUAUGUUCUUCAUGUUACAAAAACCUCUCCCUAUGUAGCCUCUUGAACAUUUUGUGUACAACAGCCCUAUUUGGGGGAUAGAGCAUCAUCUUACAAAGCAGGGAAAAAAUUUUCGGUUGCCAG